ACUCAGAACUCAGAACCCUGGAAUGGGAAACAUCUGCUCGUGCGGGACCGGCCUGAACCAGGCUGUGAUUGGCUACUGGAGGGCAGCGGGUGUGGCAGUCGAUUUAAAGCUGUGACAUCACUUUUCCUGACGAAGGGAGACUCAAGCUUCUCAACACAGGGGGAAGAAAAAUACAAUAAAACAAAUUCUGAAGGAUUUGGGCUGCCGGCGGAGCUGGUUUGUUCUUGCAGAGUAAUUAAACAUCGCGAGGUCCGAGCGAGCCAGUAAGAUAAUUUGAUGCUUCUUGGGGGGGAACGAUCUUGAACUCAAGAAGAGGGGUACCAGUGAUACGGGUGCGAAUGCGAACAGGAAACCAUGUCCGACGCUGCAGAGCACAGGGAGUGCACCGACGCCGGGGAACCACCAGAGGGUGCCAGCGAGCCGCGCGUCGCCGAGAUGGAGGGAGGAGAGAAGAGCGAGGAGCUGCUGGAGAGGUUAAGAGUGCUGGAGGCAGAGAACUCUGCUCUGGCCCUGGUCAACGAGAGUCAGCGUGAAGCCUAUGAAAGAUGUUUGGACGAGGUGGCCAACCAUGUGGUACAGGCACUCCUUAACCAGAAGGACCUGCGUGAGGAAUGCAUCAAGCUGAAGAUGAGGGUGUUCGAUCUGGAGAGGCAGAACCACACCCUGAGCGAGCUCUUCCAGCAGAAACUGCAGGUCACGCCCGGCUCACUGGUGCAGCAGACCUCGGAGCCCGUCCGAGAGCAGGUAUGGGAUGCUGAGCUUCGGGACUCUGAGAAGACGAUCGACUCUCUCACUGGGGCGCACACGAAGACCGACGGUGAGAGAACGAGCAAUGGCAGCACCGGAGCCAAGGCCCCUGCGGGCUCCAUGGACGCGCUGUCUCCGUUCUUCAAGAAGAAAGCGCAUAUCCUGGAGGUCCUGAGGAAGCUGGAGGAAACCGACCCACUCAAGUUUCUCCCGUCUUCCAGCCUCUCCUCCUUCAGGGACUUCGGCCCGACCUUUACGGGGCACGCAGGGCGGACGAGCCUCGAUUCGGACAUUCACGAGUAUGUGAACGGGGAGGGGACGCUUCCCGAGGACAGCGGGACGGAGUACGAGAGCUGCCAGUCCUGCCUGAUGUUCUCUCACAAAAGCUUGGACGGCCUUUUCAAGCGGCAGCAAGGCGACUCUGAGAACUCCUUUGCUGUGAGCCCCGCUAAAGAGGAGAAGCCGAGUCCUGCGGACUCCAGCAGCACAAACCCCAAACACCCUCCUGUUUCGGGGCGACCCGUCCGAGCUGCAGACGGCACAAGCGACCCCAGCAUUCACGGUAGCAGUACAGCAGCAGAGACUUCUUCCUCGGAUGUUGGUCCGAGCCCUGGUGCUGAGCUCAAACCUCAUUCGGGCACAGAGACGUACCUCAGUUCCCUAAUAAUAGACGUAGAACUAAAGGGGUCUCGUAGCGGGGAGCCCCUAGAUCCCUGCUUGGUUGACGGGAAAAUGAACCUUUCCCUUAACAUCCCUGGUGCUAAAAUCACUCCUCAGUGUAAAUCUGUACAAAGUGAAAGCUGGAAUGAAAUUUCUAUUAUGGACAAUUUGAAGCACAUGAAAAUUGCAACUUAUCAGAACUCAAGUGGAGGGCCAGUUAUCAGCACAGAGGAAAAUUUCCUCAAACUGGAAUGUUACAAAGACUACAACAGCAGAGACCAAACCGAAGGGGCAAAUACAAAAACCAGCCUAUAUACCACUACCUCAAAUCUGACUGUUUCAGGACAAUCCGACGCAUCCCAAAUUGCGUAUUGCGAGCCGGAAUCUAAUAAGCAGAUCUGUAAUGGUUCAUACUUUUCUAACGAGGCUUGCUCCUCCAAAAAGGUCUCGGUGGACUUGCAUUUGCCUUCAGACUUGACCGAGAAAAAUAGCCUGCAGCAGUCAACUCCAGGGAAAGCUAAAUUGAUAUUGAGCCCCACCUCCCCUUUGGGCUUGGCCGAGCCCAAGUCCUCUCCCAUCUCCUCCCCGUCCCGGCUGCUCAAGUUCCUGAAGAUACCAUCCAUGGGAGAGAGAGUUCAAGCUGCAAACCCGCUGCGGCUCAGCCCGCAGCUCACACGCAGCUCGAAGAUUCCGUGCAGGAACAACAACUACGAGGUCUAUCACUCUCCUGGGAUGGCACGGAGAGCAGUUACUGCCGAGUGCGACAGACCCCAAGCAGCUUCAACCAAGAACGAUUCGUAUCCUUCCACACAUUCUGCGCCAACCUCUCCUCCAAAGCCUGAGGCCAAUCUGGCAAUGCAAAGCGAAACCACUUACAGCAGCCCCUCCGCUCCCAAAGCCAGCAGAGACCCCAGUGCAGCAAACUCUUCCAAACUGGUAUCUCUGGGCCAGCCGGCCAGGUUCUCCCAAAAGGUCCCAAACUAUGAGAAUGUAUCUGACAUUUCCGCAGGCUGUGCCAGUGAAGGUUCGAUACAGUUUCUACAAAAGGUGCACCAAACUAAACUCCCUUCCUGUUCAGAAGCGCCUUUGAAUUCCUGUCAGUCGGCAUCUUUGGACAAUAAAUUGAACAGCCCUGAAUGGCAGCAGGCUUAUUCGGAACCCCAAAGUCCAGCCCCUUCUGCAGAUGCCAUAUGCAUCUCUGUUGAAGUGGAUCAAGAAAUGUACACUGAGAAUCCGGUGUGGUACAAACUCCAUGAUCACCACAGUUUGCCCAGUGUGUCCGUAAGCCACAAGUCCCAAAACAGUCAAUUGUAUUCAAGCAUGAAGGACAGGCAGUUUGAGAGAACGCUGCCGGAAUCUGUGGCGCAGAACGUUGAGUCGUCUCUCCAGCCUCCCGCCUCUAAGAAAGCAGAGGCUUCUUCCUCGCACAAAAAGCCAGUAGCUGGAAAACCUCCGAGUGAAUCUGGCCAUCUUCCGUUCAAGGAGCGUUUAGCCGCUCUAGGGAAGCUGAAAAGUACUGAAGACCCACCGCAGCAACUUGGGACAUCUGGCCUGGCCUCCCCCUUGGAAAAGAAGGACAUUCAGCACAACGGGAAGUUCUCUUCACCCGGUAAUAAUGAGAAAAGUAAAACGGCUGAAAGGCAAGGCGACAGGAGCGCUGGGGGUCCAGACCCUAGGCAUUCAAAAUACACAGAUUCCCUUGACGGCAAACCUCACCCCAAGCCAAACCUGGGCGGGUAUGGGCAGAAACUCCAAGGCCCCUGUCCUGCUUACGAAUCUGGAGUCAAGUCUUUCCAGUCGAGCUCCUCAAACCCCAGGAUGGAGCUUGAAACGUAUGCUUCCAGAGCCUAUGUAGCAAAAGCAGAGAUCAGUAAAAGCAAGGCUGGCGUGCCUUCCUCCACUUCCUCUCCAGACUCGCCUCAGGUUUUGAGAAACUACAUGAAAUGUGUGAACGCUCAGAGCCCUUCUUCCAACAAUAAAACUGUGACCAGCCCCCAGGGCAGUCCUACCAAGGUACCUUCCAAAUCUCCGUCCAAACCUCCAGGCCAGGCUUGUCCCAAGGGAGCAAGGCAAGCGCACGAGGAACUGAGGUCGUCCGCGUCUCAGAAAAGAAGCCCAAAGACUUGUCCAAAUAGCGAAGCAGACAGAAGCAAGAUUCAAGAGCUCAACGAAAAGAAGAACCAUGCGUACCCCGAAAGCACUUCCCCUUCCUCCACCAAGGCUCCCCAGCCAGAUCUCAACGGUGACAAGAGGCAUCUUGCUCCAAGCAUCCAGUCUGCCAUCGAAGAGAAGGUCAUGAAGGGGAUUGAGGAGAACAUGCUGAAGCUUCAGGAGCAGGACCGGGGUCAAGUGGCCGAGGUCAAGCAGAAAGCGUCCAACGGGAUAGCCAGCUGGUUUGGACUAAAGAAGAGCAAGCUGCCCGCACUGAACAGGAAAGCUGAGCCGUCCAAGUUCAAGGAGGACAAGAAGGAGUGGAAGCUCGGCGCGUCGUCGUCCUCGUCUUCCAGCAAGGACGCCAAGAAGAAGCUGGAAGUGGAGAGCCUCAACAUCUCCAAGCUGAUGGCCAAGGCAGAGGACCUGAGGAAGGCUCUGGAGGAGGAACGAGCCUAUGUCAACGGCAUGGCCCAGGACAAGCCCAGCGGCAGGGGGCACCCUCGCGACGUCGUCGUGGAGCAAACGCAGAACGAACUGUCCGUCGUGUACAGACAGGUGGCCUCGGAUAACUUCAUGCAACAGCUGCUGAACAGGGUUGAUGAAAGGGAUAUUCCCUUUAGUAACUGUGUGGACCACAGACGGCUCUCCUUCGACUCCAAGAAAUCCCGUCCCAUAUUCAGCUCCCAGAGGAAUGGGGUUAUCAGCCACAUUAAGAGCAGAGAAGACUUGCCAGGGGUAGACAAGGGAUUGGAUCUGGUCAGCAAAGAUGACAUCACUGCUGAUGAAAGUUUGGUCAAUUCUCAGCAUUUUGCAGGUUCUGGUUCUUCCACAAGGACUCUGGACAGCGGGAUCGGCACCUUCCCUCUGCCCGACUACGCCGGCAGUCCGGCAGGGAAAAGCAUCCCGAAAGUGAAAUCCCGGUGCGAGCAGGAAUCCAGUCCCCAGGGGAAACUCGGACCUGGAACAAAAGUGCCCCGCAAGGCCAGAACCCUGGAGAGGGAGCUUUCCUCUUUGGGUGAAACGUUUGCCCCGGAAAAUUACUUCAGCCCUGCCCUGUACAGCACAGCGUUGGAGAACAAGGGGUCGUCGAGUCACCUUUCAAAUGCCGUCCCAGGAGGUGACUGUGUCUAUGUUGAUGCUUAUGGAGCUCAUGUACGAUCCCCAUCGUCCAGGCACUGGACCUUCCCCAAUCUGAAAGCCUCCGGUGCCUCGACCGACGUGGAUCUGGGCGUGGCUGGGGACUCGGACACGGCGCACCACGGCCCACAGCUCGGAAGGAACGUGAAGCCCUGUGCCACGCCGGGCCGGGACCCCGGCUCCUCCACCAGCCUGCCCCUGCCCCCCUCCCUGGGGCUGCCCCUGCCCCCCUCCCUGGGGCUGGGCCGCCGGGUGAAGGGCCGGGCCUGCGGGUCCGCGGAGCUGGGGAAGGACGGAGGAGGAGGAGGAGGAGGAGGGGUGGAGGUGGUGAAGGAGCGGCAGGAUGACAUGCUGUCCCCAAAUCGGCCCUCAGUCCUGGAGACCCCCGAAUCGCUGAGCGACUCCCUCUACGACAGCCUCUCCUCCUGCGGCAGCCAGGGCUGAGCCAUCGCCCUGGGACAGACGGACAUGAGCCUGCCUCUCUCAGCCGGACAGACUGACAGGAGCCUGCCUCUCUCAGCCAGACAGACGGAGCCUCACUGGGAAGACUUGAUCAGAUCUCUACGUGUUUGUGGGCGUUCGGACUUGUUGAAUGCAGGCAUUGUGACUUCCUUGCUGAAUGGGACACUUAAUGGACUGGUGUGUUUGUGGAAGGUGCUGGACUGAUGGUAAAAAGUGCUUUAAUCCAGAGAGCAGGUACAGUACCACGCUGACACGCAUACAUACGCACGCACACACACCAUCGCACUUGCACACGCCCCUUAGGAAGAGGAAAACAUAUUACUGGAGAUUUGCAAAAAUACAACAUUAGUAAAAUGUAAUGCUGCCUCCAGAUAGGGAUGGGUUCCUAUAAUUCACUGCAGCAGCUUAACCUUCAUUCUUUGCUGUAAAAAAGGGUGGGGCCAAAUUAGAGCUGGGAGUUACCAUCCAAAACUGGGUGUGAUCACAAUGAAAAUGGGCGGGGUCAAAGGAAACAGGAGCUAUGUAAAUGCAUUUCUGACCAAUAGCAAGCAACUUUUUCUUCUUCCUACCGUUUCAAUUGACACGCCUCCUGUUUUGUUUCGCCCUGCCCACCAUCCUAGGGGUUGUGAUGAAGCCUGUAUCCAUUCUGCCAGGGCUGCACCUCUCCUGCUUCGUGAAUGAACUCGAGACAUUCAAAUCAAGCACUGUACUGUACUGUACUGUCCUGUCAAACUGGCUCCAUUCACCAGCUCUGGAUUAAAAUCGCCUCUUAUUAACAAUAUUAAAUUAAAUUUAAAACAA